AUGGAAGUACAAAACCCAGAAGAACUUAUGAAAGUGUUACUCGAUAAUCCGUCGGCUAGAAGCCAGUUGAAUUCCUUUGUUGAGCAAGCAAUUGCGAAAAGUCACGUAAGUUAAGUGUGUUGUUUUUGUUGCGGGUUUGCUUGAUAAUUAAUUAAGUGGUUUCAUGACAACACUUAAUUGACAAAAAAUUCUUCCCUUUUGUUUUCCUCUAGUCACCUGCACCGUCAAAAGUUGUACCACUGGUAAGUAAAAGCCAAAUGUUACAAUUUACUUAAACGCUAGCUUUUGGGGGAAAAAACUAUAUACUAGGACAUUUGUUGACGUCAGCUGCAUCUUUCAGAUGUAUAUUUCGACGGGACAUUUUACUUGAUUUUCACGCUAUGUAGUGUAUGGCCAAUCCACUUUUAAUAUAUCCUGUGAGCUACUUUUUUAAAAUAAACUCUGUAACUGAUCUGACUCAGUUGGGGGCACAAAUUUGAGCGCUUUUUGGAGCCGGGUAGGGCACUAAAAUCACUUGUUCAAAGUUCGGUCCUCUACAGUCUGCAACUGAAGUCCUUCUGUCACUGCCUGGUUGUUUACAGCUGGCAGAUUAAGAUAAUUAAUUAACGCAGGGAUUAGUGAGAAAUUAAAUUUGAAUGAAUUCACAUAAAUAAAUGUAAGCUUAUUAAAGUGCCUAGCACAUGUACUUGUGUACACUACGUGUGCUUGCGAAUUGACUAAUGAUUGUUGCAUCACUUGCAUGUGCAUUAAUUCACGUGAUUACUGACAUCAGAUGGACCAGGGCCUUUGUGGUGUCACAUUCCAUGCAUUUCAAAGGACACAUCCUAAGAAUGUGGAUAGAUUCUGGAAAAACCUCGCUAUACAGUUACUGAAGUGCCACUGACCAGUUGUUAUUAUUGUAUCAUUAUUUAUAACUAUUAUAAUUAUUUGUUAACAAACCGCUGUUCCUUUCUUUCCACAAUGGCUUCAAUUAAUCAAUGUCUCAUAAAUGUACCAAAAUGUUAACUUCCAGGAAAAGAGAGACAGGGAAGUAAGGAAAGCAUUGGAAAGGGAGGAGUUGAGCAGUGAAGAGAUAAAGGAGCUGAGAAGUACGAUUGCCCCAGUGGAAGCAAAGGAAGUGGUAGUUUACGAUUCUGAGGAUGAGGAUGCACGCUCUGACCUUCUCCUGAAACGCAAGAUCAGUUUGGAGAGAGGCAGGAAAACAGCCAGGGAAAAUCAACGCAGGGGAAGUCGCCUGCUGGCUCUUCUUAGUGGUAAUAAGGCACCCAGUCAGCAAGUGUCUGUCAAAGACCUGAUGGAGCUGGCAAAAGAGAAUGUUCCACUGCCAGCAGCUAAGGCUCCAUCAGCUAGUCUGACCCCUCUGAGGUGCUGUACAACAUCUACUGCUGAUGCAGCCUUACGUGCACAACAAAAGAGGGGCAGGCUAGCAUUAACUAGAAAGCCUCAAACAAGCAUAGGUAAGUUAUCUUUGGGCCCAUCAAGUGAACGCAGCAACCUCAUGGUGGCUGCUGGGGCACUGCGCUCCUCACUGGUGGAGACCGAGGAUAGUUUAUCUAUGGCUGUUGACUCAUCACCAUUUCUCUUUCAGGGAGAUUUUACUGAUUAA